AAAAAAAAACCCGUCUUGUUGCUUCCUCUGUUUUCUUCUGUGAAGUUUCUUUAUUUUAUUCUGUUUUUGUCCUUUUUAUUGGGGCAAAAGCUAGAAGAAGUUCAAUUUUUUUUUCCAUAAGGUUUAAGUUUAAGAGAGAAAGGUUGAAAAUUUAUUAAGUUCGAAGAGGAUUCACUCAACUUCACGUCUUCUAUGCCUAAUCAUAUACACAUAUACAUACAUAUAUAUAUGAAUAUUGUAUUGUUUAGUGUCUCAAAAACCAAAGAGAGAAACACCGUCUUCUCUUCUCUACUCUUUCGUCAGAUUAUAAUUUAAAUAAAAAGAAACUAUUUUUCAGAAAAUUCCUCUUUCUUCCACGCAACCAAACCCCACCUAGUCCUUUUGUCCCUCUCUCUCCCUCUUAGGAUUUUCCUUUGCCUCAAUCAAAAAAAUCCCAUUAUCCCAAUUUACUCUUUUCAUACCUAUCAUAUUCUUUGUUUUUGGAGCUGAUUUCGUUUCUGGGUAUCUUUAAUUUCAUUGAUUUUGACUAAAUUCAUCCGUGUCGGCGAACUGCUUUGUAUUGGCUUCUGGGUUGGAGAACUUUGCAUUGACUGUUAAGGUUGUUUGGGGAAUGGACUGGCUGUAUUUGACCUCAGUCAGUCUUUGUGAAUGAUGUUCAGUGGGUCAAGGGGUACCAAUUCUAACGGCAUAUUCAAGUGGAAGUUGCAAGGUCAAUCUUCUUUGACAGCAGGGUUACUUAAUGAUGAGCCUCCUGAGAUUGAAUUAUCUGCUUAUGGAAGGAUACUGAGUCCUGGUAGUGAGAGCCCUUCGGGGCUACUUAAUGGUGAGAGUUUGAAUGUGGAACCUAUUGCUGAUCUCGACCUGUUCUUUGAAAAGCUCUACAGCUACUAUUGUGAGAAAGGACUUUGGUGUAUUAUCAUAAAAUGGGUGGUUGAGCUUCUGAGCUUGGGCUUCACCAUUUGUUUCUCAGGGUUUUUCUUGUUAUUUGUUGAUUGGAAUGGUCUUCGUAAUGCAAAAUGUGGAAUGGAUGCAAUCGAAUCUGGAAUUAAGCCAUGUGAUCUUGCCAAGGAAGCUCUUCAUACACACCCAUUAACCCCACUAACGCUUUCUAAAGCUAUAAUUGUAGGUUAUUUGGGAAUAUUUUCCAUUUAUUGGAUCUUUUGUUUCUUGAGAUUUUUUGCUCAGUUAAGGGGAACUCUUGGAAUCCGUCACUUCUAUUACAACAGUCUUUGUGUUACAGACAAUGAAAUUCAAACCAUGCCAUGGGCAACAAUUCUUGAAAAGGUUGUGCAAUUGCAGAGUUCAGAGCGGCUUUGUGUGGUUAAGGAUCUCUCUGCUCAUGACGUGGUGAUGCGGCUGAUGCGGAAGGAAAAUUACUUGAUUGGUAUGCUUAACAAGGGCGUGCUUGCAUUUCCUAUCUCACAGUUGGUGCCAGGUGUGGGUCCAACUGUCAAAUUUGGUUUGAAUGGAGAGCGGCACCGUCUCAUACUGACAAAGACCCUUGAAUGGACUUUAAAUUGGUGCAUCUUGCAGAGCAUGUUUGAUCGAAACUUCUGUGUACGAAGGGAUUUUAUAUCUAAUCCUAGAACCUUGAAGAAAAGGUUGAUGGUAGUAGGUCUUGCAAUGCUUCUUCUUUCGCCGUUUAUAGUCAUUUUCAUGCUAGUUUAUCUCUUCCUGAGGCAUGCUGAACAGUUCUAUAAUCAUCCGAGCACAGCAUCAUCUCGUAGAUGGUCUAAUUUGUCAAAGUGGAUCUUUAGGGAAUUCAAUGAGGUGGACCACUUGUUCAAGCACAGAAUCAAUAGCAGUGUGAUACUUGCAUCAGAUUAUCUAAAGCAAUUUCCCUCUCCUAUCAUCUCUAUUAUUGCGAAGUUCAUAUCUUUUGUUUCUGGGGGCUUUGCUGCUAUUCUGAUCAUCAUCGCAUUUCUGGAGGAGUCUCUACUAGAGGGUCAUAUAUUUGGUCGCAACUUGCUUUGGUAUGCUGCUGUUUUUGGAACUAUAACGGCUAUUAGCAGGGCUGCUAUUACAGAUGAGCUUCUGGUCCUUGACCCAGAAGGGGCCAUGUCUGUGGUGGUCCAGCAUACACAUUAUAUGCCAAAGAGGUGGCGAGGCAAAGAAAAUUCUGAGAUGGUUCGCAUAGAGUUUGAAACUCUGUUCCAGUACACUGGAAUGAUGUUACUUGAGGAGAUGGCCUCAAUUUUCCUCACUCCAUACUUGCUUCUUUUCGUUGUCCCACAGCGAGUGGACGACAUAUUGCAGUUUAUUGCAGAUUUCACUGAGCAUGUGGAUGGCGUUGGUGAUGUUUGCAGCUUUAGUGCCUUUGAUUUUCAAAAACACGGCAAUAGUAACUACGGAUCACCACACAAUGCAAGUCCCACCCAGAGGAGUUCUCAGGGGAAAAUGGAGAAGUCAUUCUUGAGCUUUCAGAGUACAUAUCCUUCAUGGGAACCAAAUGCUGAAGGGAAGCAAUUCCUUUCAAAUCUUAGAACUUUCAGGGAGCAACAGAUGCGGCAGGGACAGGGAACCCGACUUCCAUACUCUCCUCCGAGAAUGUGGCAAGGGAACCUUACUUUGAGAGGUCAUCUAUCAAGAGAUAUGCCACAAUAUAGUCCUGGAACUGGCUACCAUAUGGGUUCACUCUGGCUGAUUGAUGCUGAUCAAAAGUCUCACCCUUAUCUUCUUGAUUGGUAUUACACCUCACAUCCGCACCAUCAGACUAGUCACUCAGGAGACAUCGAGGAAGCAAUUGAAGCCACCGAGCAACAAUUUGGCGAUUACUGGACUCCGCCCAACUUGACACAACAUAAUGCCGGUUAUGAAGAUAACUUAAACUUGGAUCUCCAUACACAACACAAUACUACACAUGGUGAUUACUUUGUGCAACAAUAUAAUUCUAAUCUCGGGGCAUCAACAUCAGGCUCCUUCUUCAGGGAGAGUGACAUUCAGAAUCAGGAACUGGGCAGUUUGGCACUUCCAAAUAGGAGUCACUGGUGGGAUAGAAGAAAUCUACAAGGUGUACAGCCACAGGCAAGUUUUCUUGAGCCUCCUGAUUUUAAUCGUAAUCACGACGAUAAUUCAUCAGAUAGAAGUACUGAGGAACAAAACCCACACUUGGAUUGGAGGAAUUCUCGCAAGUUAUCUCAAACUACAUACAUGGAUGACUUAGAUACAGGAGGUAUUAGUCUUCAUUUUGAUGAUAUAUAUAGCAGACCUCCAGAAACUCCAAGAAUAGAUCCAGAAGCCUAAAGCUUAGAAUGACCUAUUCAAAAUUUGCUUCCCUCUAGUUUUUUGAAGAGGUUGGUGGUUUUAGGUUAAUGGAAUAUGCAUGGGUUUCUUUCCACUACCGAAUAAUGUCUAAAAAAUUCUAUUGAUUAGGGAACUCUGGCAUUCUUUUCUGUAUAUAAAUUCAUCGUGGCUAUAGUAUCUGGAAAUUGGAAUAGAGUUCAGCCUUGAUUUGGGAGGGUGACCUUGUUGUAAAGAAAACUUGCAAUCUCUCCCAAAAGUGUACAAACAAAUUUCAAGUUAGUAAUCAAGUUGAAUUCUCAUUUACUUGGGU